AUGAGCAAACGAAACAGACAAGAUUUUGAAAAUCAUCAAUUCAUUAAUUCGGAGGAAAUAUUCACUAACAAUAAUAAUAAUAUGGAAGAGAAAGCAAAGUUUGUGAAACUCGAAAAAGAAAUAUUUUCAUAUGAUGUUUGUUUUGAAAUAAUUUCAAUGCUUGAUGAUUCGUGGUUUAUUUUAAAUAAUUGUACUUUAAUUUCAAAACAAUUCUUUAAUGUGAUCAGGGAACGUUCAAAACUUGUUAUUAAAUUUAAAAAGAAAUUUACAGAGAAACGAGUUGAAUUAUUCAUGAAAAGUCAAUUUAUGAAUAGUAUUGUUAAUGUUAAAUUUUCUAGUUGGUUGCUUGACUCUUUUGAAAGAGCAGAAUUCAUAAGUGAAAUGAAACAAUUAACAUCACUUAAUAUAUAUAACAAUCGAAUUGGUGAUGUAGGAGCCAAAUAUAUAAAUGAAAUGAAACAAUUAACAUCGCUUAAUAUUGGUGGCAAUCGAAUUGGUAUAAAAGGAGCUAAAUUGAUAAGUGAAAUGAAACAAUUAACAUCACUUCAUACAUAUAACAAUCGAAUUGGUGAUGAAGGAGCCAAAUAUAUAAGUGAAAUGAAACAAUUAACAUCACUUGAUAUUGGUGGCAAUCAAAUUGGUGAUGAAGGAGCUAAAUUAAUUAGUGGAAUGAAACGAUUGACAUCACUUCAUAUAUAUAACAAUCGAAUUGGUGAUGAAGGAGCCAAAUUAAUUAGUGGAAUGAAACAAUUAACAUCACUUAAUAUUGGUGUCAAUGAAAUUGGUGAUGAAGGAGCUAAAUUAAUUAGUGGAAUGAAACGAUUGACAUCACUUCAAAUAUAUAACAAUCGAAUUGGUGAUGAAGGAGCCAAAUAUAUAAGUGAAAUGAAACAAUUAACAUCGCUUAAUAUUGGUGGCAAUGAAUUGGUGAUGAAGGAGCUAAAUUGA